AUGUUGAAAUACUGCAAAAACACCCUCGCUUCCCAUUGGAAUAGUAUUGGGUCAGGGUGGAGGGUCUUGGUGAAGGGUCAGAGUGUAGGGUCAGGAUGGAGGGUCGGGGUGGAGGGUCAGGGCGGAGGGUCAGGGUGGAGGGUCAGGGUGGAGGGUCUUGGUGGAGGGUCAGAGUGUAGGGUCAGGAUGGAGGGUCUUGGUGGAGGGUCAGGGUGGAGGGUCAAGGUGGAGGGUCAGAGUGGAGGGUCAGGGUGGAGGUUCAGGGUGGAGGGUCAGGGCGAGGGUCAAGGUGGAGGGUCAGGGUGGAGGGUCAGGGCGGAGGGUCAGGGUGGAGGGUCAGGACGGAGGGUCACGGCGGAGGGUCAGGGUGGAGGGUCUUGGUGGAGGGUCUUGGUGGAGGGUCAGGGUGGAGGGUCAGGGCGGAGGGUCAGGGCGGAGGGUCAGGUUGUAGGGUUGGGAUGGAGGGUCAGGGGGUCAGGGUUGAGGGUCUGGGCGGAGGGUCUGGGUGGAGGGUCAGGGUCGAGGGUCAGGGUGGAGGGUCAGGGUGGAGGGUCUGGGUGGAGGGUCAGGGUGGAGGGUCGGGGUGGAGGGUCAGGGUGGAGGGUCAGGGUGGAGGGUCAGGGUGGAGGGUCAGGACGGAGGGUCACGGCGGAGGGUCAGGGUGGAGGGUCUUGGUGGAGGGUCUUGGUGGAGGGUCAGGGUGGAGGGUCAGGGCGGAGGGUCAGGGCGGAGGGUCAGGUUGUAGGGUUGGGAUGGAGGGUCAGGGGGUCAGGGUUGAGGGUCUGGGCGGAGGGUCUGGGUGGAGGGUCAGGGUCGAGGGUCAGGGUGGAGGGUCAGGGUGUAGGGUCAGGGUCGAGGGUCAGGGCGGAGGGUCAGGGCGGAGGGUAG